AUGGAUGAAUUGAAAUGCUUUAUCGGUAUAAUGACUUUAAGUGGAUAUGAUCCUAAGCCGGGAAAACUUUAUUUCUGGAAUUCUCAGCCAGAUAUGGCAAAUCCAGUGAAAAACGGAAUGAGACGAAAUCGAUUUGAACAAAUUAUGCAGUUCUUACAUUUUUCCGACACAAAUAAGCUGGAUGAAAAAGAUAAGGCGUGGAAAGUCCGUCCACUUAUGGAUCAACUACAGUCCAGAUUUUUAAAAUAUUUUAUGCCUGAAGAAGAUCUAGAUAAUGAUGAAUCUAUGGUGAAAUACUUUGACAAGCACGGAUGCAAGCAAUUUAAACGUGGAAAACCCAUUCGAUUCGGUUUUAAAAUGUGGUCCUUGAACACCAAAUCGGGAUAUCUUGUCAAUUUUAACAUUUAUCAAUGCAAAAAUCCUAAGACUACUGAGCGCGAUGAAAAAUUAUAUGGUAAGUGCACGGCUCCGCUGCUUCAUAUGUUACGACAGUUUCCACCAGAAAAAAAAAACUUGCCUUACAAACUAUACACUGAUAAUUUAUUUACAAGUGUUAAUCUCCUGGAACAUAUGCGAGAAAAAAAUGUUUGGUGUACGGGAACCAUAAGAGACAACCGGCUACCUAAAGAUAUACCGUUAUCUACAAAAGCGAAUUUUCAUAAAAACGCUAAUCGGGGUGAUUCUGAAUCGGUUCUUGAUCGCAAUAGUGGAGUUAUGUUUAUUCGUUGA